UUCAGGGUCAUUUAUGAGGAAGUGAAACUCACAGAGUCCUGCUCAUUGAGAGGAGAAAUGGCGCAGUCAGCAGUUCAGCUGGACCGGGAAAAAAUCUGUUGCUCGAUCUGUUUGGAUCUACUGAAGGAUCCGGUGACUACUGCCUGCGGACACAGCUACUGCAUGAACUGUAUUAAAGACUUCUGGGAUGGAGAAGAUCAGAAGGGAACGCACAGCUGCCCUCAAUGUAGAGAGACCUUUGGACGGAGGCCCGUGUUAAAGAAAAACACCCUGUUAGCAGAGUUAGUGGAGGACCUGAAGAAGAUGGGACUCCAAACUGCUCCAGCUGAUCACUGGUUUGCUGGACCUGAAGAUGUGGCCUGCGAUGUCUGCACCGGGAGGAAGCUGAAAGCUGUCAAAUCCUGCCUGGUUUGCUUGGUCUCUUAUUGUAAGACUCACCUCCAACCUCACUAUGAAUCUCCUGGGUUUAGAAAGCAUCAACUUGUUGCAGCUUCUGAUAAACUCCAGCUGCGCAUCUGCUCCCGUCACGACGAGGUGAUGAAGAUCUUCUGUCGUACCGAUCAGCAGUGUAUCUGUUAUCUCUGCUUGAUGGAUGAGCACGCAGGCCAUGAAACGGUCUCAGCUGCAGCAGAAAGGAUCGAGAAGCAGAAGGAGCUUGAGGCGAGUCGUGAAGAAAUCCAGCAAAGAAUCCAGGACAGACAGAGAGAUGUGAGGGUGCUUCAACAGGAGGUGGAGGCCAUUAAUCUUUCUGCGGAUAAGACAGUGCAGCAGAGUGGGAAAAUCUUCGCUCAGCUGAUCCUUCUCAUCCGUAAAAGAAGCUCUGAUUUGAAGGAAAACAUCAGAUCCCAGCAGCAAACUGAAGUGAGUCGAGUCAGAAAGUUUCAGGAGAAGCUGGAGCAGGAGAUCACUGAGCUGGAGAAGAAAGACGCUGAGCUGAAACAGCUUUCAAAAACAGAGGAUCUCAACCAGUUUCUCCACAACUACCCCUCUGUGUCAGCACUCAGUGAGUCUACACACUCAUCCAGCAUCAACGUACGGCCUCUGGGAUACUUUGAAGAUGUGACAGUCGCUGUGUCAGAGCUCAGAGAUCAACUCCUGGACGUCCUGGAAGAUACGUGGGCAAGCUUGUCACAUACAGUCACCGAGGCGGAUGUUUUACUGUCAGAACCAGAACCAAAGACCAGAGCCGAGUUCUUAAAAUAUUCAACGACAAUCACUUUGGAUCCGAACACAGCAAACGGAUAUCUGUUGUUAUCGGAGGGAAACAGAAAGGCAACUUUGAUGGGAGUAAAACAGGUUUAUCCUGAUCAUCCAGACAGAUUCACCGAUUGGCAGGUCCUGAGCAGAGAGAGUCUGACUGGACGUUGUUACUGGGAGGUGGAGUGGGGGGAGAAAAGAGUUGAUGUAGCGGUUUCAUACAAGAAUAUCAGCAGAGCAGGAGAUUCGAAUGAAAGUGAUUUUAGACACAAUGACAAAUCUUGGUCAUUAAAUUGUGACACCAAGGGGUUUUUAUUUUGGCACAACAGAGGUAAAAUUUCAGUCCCGUGUCCAGUUUCCUCCAGAGUGGGAGUGUACCUGGAUCACACUGCAGGUAUUCUGUCCUUCUACAGCGUCUCUGAAACCAUGACCCUCCUCCACAGAGUCCAGACCACCUUCACUCAGCCACUACAUGCUGGAGUUGGGUUUUAUAAUGACGGAGACUCUGUUGAGUUCAUUAAACUAAACUAA